CGAUACAAGGAUGUCCCGUUUUAUAUAAAACGGUUAAUCCUAAUUAUGUAUCGCCGUAUUUCAAUUUUUGAAUGAAAGUUGAUUCUGCUAUGAAAAAUAAUUUUUUAUCAUAUAAAUAAUGGUGUAUUUAUAAAAAAUAAGUGUUCAACUAUUGUCUGUAUAGGUUAAGUGCAAUAUAUUUCAAAACGUGAUCAUAUACUUUAAAAUUUUUUUUAUUUAUUAUACGCGGAAUUUCAUAAGUCUUUGAAAUUCUGCCUGUACUGAACAUAAAUGGAUUCUCUACAUCCGCCACCUUUAAAAAAAUAUCGUAGAGUAACAAAUAUUAAUAUUCCUGUCUUAGAAUGCAAACGGGAAUUUAAUUUACCUCACAAGUUUCCAAGCAUGAUUAAUUCAUCCAAAUGUAAUUUUAUACCAAAGGAUUGCAAACAAAUUACUAAUACAGAAGUACAUAAUAAUUUGAAUGGAUUAAAUACCAAAAAGACAUUGGCUACAAGUGGUAUAAAGAAAUUAAGAGUAAAAACAAGAGAUGGUAAAGAUUUAGGAGAAGUUAAAGUACAAUUUUUGCCUCAAAAAAACAUAUUAAAUACUCAAAAGAUUAUUUAUAAUCAACAGAUUAAAAGUUAUAAAAAAAAUAAUGCUGUUAAUUUUUCUGUAGCUUCAAAAGAUAACAUUAAUGGAUUGAAGUCAUUGGGAUCUCGAUCAUAUGAUAGAGAUUUACAGAAAUUUCCUACAGAAGCACAACAUUGUGCUGUAGAACCACAAUUCAUUGUAAAAACUAUAACUCCUAGAGAAUUAUCAAUAGCUAUUAAUAAGAAAUCGGCUGAAAUUCAAAAUAAAAAUAAGAGUAUAUCUAAAAAACAUUAUAUUUUAGCCAAAGUAAAUGAAAUAAGUGAAAAUGAUAAAUUAUUAUUAUUAAGCGAGAAUGGACAUGAAUCAUUACAUACUGCCCCAAAAACUAUGCAGUUAAUAAAUAAUAAUAUAACAUCGAUAAACAAAGAAAAAGAUGAAGUUUUACUUAAAAAAGAGGAAUGUAUUUUCAAGAAUAAUAAAAAAAAUGUAAUAAAUGGUAAUAAUAAUAUAAUUAUAGAACCAGAAAUCUUGAGAAAAACAAAUAUAUCAAAUCUUAAAAAUUCAAUGACUCAAUUAGCAGAAUCAAAAUUUCCUCUGGUAAAAUGUGAAAAAUUAUCUGUCUCUAGUAAUGUAGUAAGUAAAACUAAAGUUAAUGUCAAUAGAAUCUCUUUGAAAGCAACUAAUAAAAAACAAUGUUCUAAUUUAAAUAUAGAUAACUAUUCUAAAGUUUUCUCUUCAGAAAAAAUCUUUAAAUCAAAUAAUAAUCUAUGUAAUUCAAGAAUUAAUGAAAACAAAAAAUAUAAAACUAUUAUAAAAAAAGCUACAAAUAUUGUACCAAAAAACUUUAAUAAUAAAAUUAAUGAUUGUAAUGAAGACGAUGUUGUAAUAAUAUGUGAAAAAAAUGCAACUUCUAAUAACAUAAAACAAUAUUCUAAUAAUACACAAGAAGAAAGUUAUAUUCCUGUAAAUAAUAAAAAUAUAGAUAAGAAAACUCAAAGUAUAUUUAAUGAGGUAAAUAAUAAAUUAGAUCUUUGUGAAAAUAGAACAAUUUGUAACAAUGAUAAUAUAUUAAAUAAUGAGUCUAAAUUUGAUGAAACAAAUGUUGAAAAGAUUAAUUAUAACAUGAAAAAAGAAAAAUUAUUAGACUGUUUAAAUAUAAUUAAAGAAGCACUGAUUAGUGUAAAAGAUGAAGAAUUACAAAUUAAAGCUUUAAAUGCACUUGCAGAAUGUGGCAUAGGUAUAGCAAAACAGAUUCCAAUUACUCCACUUGAAAAAUUAAAAACAGUUCAUGAUUCUCAAAUUCAAACUGAUGUAUUUGGACUUCUUGAUAUGAAAAGUUUUAUAUUAGUGAAAGAAGAUAUGCCUGUUCUAGAAAGAAUAAAACAAAUAGAACAUUCAACUGUUGAUUUUCUUCCUAUUAUAAAAGAAGUACAAACUCAAACAAAAAUACAAAUACAACCUAAAACUAAACAAAAUAAUAAUAUGAAUGUAAACCCUACAUGGUCUUCAAUAUCUUUAGAAGAUACAUUAAAUUUAGAAGAUUAUUUUAAUAAAUACUUUAAUGACAAUAAUGAUGUAAACAGAGUAAAAAAAGUAUUAUCAACACCACAUUACUUAUAUAAGAAAGUCUCUGUGCAAAUAGAAAAAGAUUAUGAAGAAAUGCAGCAUUGGGAUAAUAAUGGGAUGUUAAAUAUACAUCGAGCAGUACUAAAUAAUCAGCUGUAUGAACUGCAAAGACUAUUAUUAAUUUUAAAAGCAUCAAAAACUAAUAUUGAUGCAUUAACAGAAGAUGGAAUGACAAGUUUGGAAUUAGCAAUUAAGAGCAAUGCAUCUAAUGAUAUAGUGGAUCUUUUAUUAAAAGCUGGAGCAAAACCACUUUCAUUAGAACUUCUUCAUGAAUCUGCAAUAAUCAUAGCUAGUAAACAAUCAUCUCCAUUUUUAUUACAGUUACUAAAUUAUGUAAUAGAUCCUAAGCUACUUAAUCGAGUGGAUUCAUUAGGAAUGGCACCAUUGCACUAUUGUUCAUUAAAUGGCUAUAUAGAUGGAGUUAAUGCAUUAAUAAAAAGUGGAGCAGAAGUGAAUCUAAAGGAUAACCGUUCAGGAAGAACACCAUUUUUUCAUGCUCUUGAAAAUAAUCAUGUAUCAGUAGCGCAAAAAUUAUUAGAAUGUGGCGCUAUUGCGGAUUUACCAAACUUUUCCGGACAAUCUGUUCUAACUUUGUUGGACGAAACAAAAAGUUUUUUAUUCAGGAUAAGCAAAUAAUAAUAAUUUAAUUCUCAAUUUUAUGAGUUUAUUUUGAAUCUGAGAAAAUUGUAGAAUUAUCUUUUCAUUUUAUAUAUUCCUUUUUCAUAAUUUGUU